UUCUGCUGCAGCUCCUCUCCUCAUGCCCGCCUGCCUGCUGCCGGUGUCGGGUCGCCGGCAGCUCAGCUCCGCUCCUCUGCAGGGCUGCGCAGCUCCUGACUGACAGAGAGAUGAGGGGUGGGGACGCAGGGUGGGGUCACAAGCAGGGAGAGGCGGAGGAGGAAAAGGCAGAGAGAGAGCCCAGCCCUUGAAUACACGGCAACAACACGCCGUCACAGAGAGAGGGAGAGACACAGAGAGACUCGCUGUAUUUUGGGGGAGCAAAGGGAGCCUUCGACGCUGCGGAUAUGAACUGAAAAAGAACACAGGGUUCGUGUUCCUAUAUCCCGAAUAUUCACUGUAAAGGUGGAAACUAGCCCCCCCCCCCAAACCCCCUAUCUCCCUACCCGUUCUUAUUCAGAUAGCGCUACCCAAAGCCCCGACCGAACCCCUCCUGCUCCUGCUGCUCCACCCCUCCGCCGCUGCACCGCUCCGGCAACCGAGAUGCACACGGAGACCCGUAACAAGAAAUGCCAGUCGACUCCUAAGCAGAAGAAGAGUGCUGUCGGCGCCCUGAAGAAGCAGAGGAGCCCGGCCAAGCAGAGCGCCCUGACCCAACAACAUCAACCGCCGCCAUCGUCAUCAUCGCCACCGCAGCCGGCAGACCGGGAAGAGGAAGAGAAGGAGGAGGAGGAGCCGGUGACUAGGCCUCGGCCGCCGCAGGAGGAGGAAGAGGAGGAAGCAGGCGAAGAGGAGCGAGAGGAAGUGGCGACACAUUCUGUGAAGGAGAAAGAGGAGGGCGAGACAGUCAUGCCCUCUGUACAGAUCAAACCAGAGCCGGAGGAGAUGGAGUGCACGGCAGAUGUAGGUGACGACUGCUCACAGCCAACAGACCUGAAGGUGAAGACGGAGCCAGUUUGCAAGACAGAGCCCUCUUCGCCCCAGCCGUGCCGCGCCGAGGACCAGACCGAACCCGUUGACCUGUCGCUCAACAAGCCCCGCUCCUCUACGCUCCCUGCUUCUACAACAAGCAUCACAGUCAACCCUGCACCCAGCGGUGCCAUGACCCAACCCCACCUCUCAGCUACACCUGUCUCCACUUCAGUACAGUCGAUAGGCUCCAUGGUCCUCUCUCCAGGCUCCAUCUUGGCCACUCAGGGGGCCGGGGGCCAGCAGAUCCUCCACGUCAUCCAUACAAUCCCCUCGGUCACCAUGCCCAGCAAAGUGGGCCAGCUCCAGACCAUCCCUGUGGUGGUGCAGUCGCUGCCUGUUGUCUACACCACCAUGUCUACUGACGGCGUCGCCACAGCAGCCAUUACAGUGCCGCUCAUAGGCAGCGAUGGGCGCUCAGAAGGAUCUGUUCGUAUUAAGCCUGGUUCGACAUCUCCAGUGGAGUAUCAGAGUGACAGCGAUGCGGAGAGCGGUACAGAGUCUGGAUCGGCCUCCCUCAGUGCCCAGAGCCUCGACGCCGGGUCGGUUAUGGACUUAGAGCCUGUCGAUCCAGAUUCGCCAGACAUCAAGAGGAGGCGGAUCCACAUGUGUGACUAUGAAGGCUGUAAAAAAGUUUACACCAAGAGUUCCCACCUCAAAGCCCACAGGAGGAUACACACAGGAGAGAAGCCCUACCACUGUACCUGGGAGGGCUGCACCUGGCGCUUCGCCCGCUCCGACGAGCUGACUCGACAUUUCCGCAAGCACACCGGAAUCAAACCUUUCCGCUGCACCGAGUGUGACCGCUCCUUUUCCCGGUCCGACCACCUGUCCCUGCACCGCCGCCGCCACGUCAUGAUGUGAACUCUGACCCCACAGCUCCCCAUCAAACUCCCCUACAUACCAACCUCUUACCCCUUGACAAAGUCACUCACAGCACAUCUUGUACCAGUGCCCCCCCCACCCCACAAAAACCUCACCUCUACUGCCCCCCCACGUCAGGAUUUUAAUCAGCAGAUUAAAAAAGACACUGUACCUCCUUUCUCCUCCUCCUCUUUAUUUUGAAAUCACAGGAACAUCAGGAAUGUGUCUGUGCAUUUGUGUGUGUGCAAAGUGGAGGUUAGGGGAUUUUUACUGUGUGUUUCAACACAACAUCAUCACCAUCAUCAUCAUCAUCAUCAUCAUCAUCAUCAUCAUCAUCAUCAUCACCACCGUCCACCCAACAGCCCUCCCAUCCCAUAACAGUCCCCUCCCUACCAUCCUUCAACUCAACUUCACUCGAAGUUCACACAAGACGUCACCUCCUCACACAGAGAAGGAUGGACUGAACGUCAUCUAACAGCAGGGGCGUUCAUCCAUCCAUCCAUCCAUCCAUCCAUCCAUCCAUCCAUCCAUCACACGCAUCCAUCCAAAAGAGAGGAGGAAGAGGAGGGGGCAAGAGGAGCAGUGACAUGCCUGUGUUGUUUUUGAUCUAAAACCAGAAGGGGAAAUUUUAAGUGGGAUGUCACUUCAGCUGCCCUAUCAAUAUUCAUUCUGUACAUAUCCAAAGUUGGGAAGUUAUGUGACUCCAAGCAAAAUUUUUUGUAGAAUACAAGUAUAGAAAAAUGAUAUUCCCAGCUCUAAUCCUCGGUCCUGCUCUUGGGCCAAAACUAUCUGGGUGUAACAGUAAUAAAUAACAUCAAAGACCCGCAACAAACACAAUGAUUCUGGGUUUGUUUCCUCACAUGCAAAAUUGUGUCUCAAACAAAUACAUAAUUGGACUUAUUUACAGAAUCGUCAGACUUUUCCAGAUGCAUUGGAAAUCUGCAAAAGAUACUCUUAGUUCCUGGUACUGUUUUUUUAAAAAGGGUCUAAAACAACCAAAACUCAGUUUGAUCAUAUCAAUUUGUCAUCACAACGUUUGGAUAAAUGAUUUACUAUAAUUUAAGGGAUCUUGAAAGGCUUUCCAUCCAUGUGCAUAUCAGUGUAUGAGUUAGCGUAUGUGCAUGUAGUGAGCUUUUUGACAGCAGCUGAAGUGACGUCAAACAGACAUUUCCUCUUUGGCAAACAUCUAUCUGAGGCUAGGAUAUAAAAGUAGAUUCUCUAUCUUGUCCAGACUCCCCACCCCCAUCACCCUGCACCCUCUACCCCACCCAUAUCCCCUGGUACAGGGAGCUACAAGACUGUGAACUUUCUAAAGAUUAAUUUGUUUUCAUUGUAUCAAUCACAUUAUUGUUACUUGUGUGUUCUCCCCCCGCACACACCUUCCUGGUUGUUCUUCGAUAACAGUAUUUGCUUUUUAUGUGUUGUUGUUGCUGUUGUCUUAUGAAAUAUGCCUUCAGUUCUAUCUUUUUCUUCUUAGCAAGGAAUGGCACUCUUAACAGAAUGGCAUCCUUUAAAAAAAAAAAAGAAAUCUGAUUAUUUUAUUGUUUUCUGAGGCUGUGAAAAAGACAGAGGAGACACAAAUAGUUUGAGAUUACAAGUAAAACUAGUGCAGGGAAUAGGGGAGCUUUUCUGUGUGUGUGUGUGUGUGUGUGUGUGUGUGUGUGUGUGUGUGUGUGUGUGUAUGUUUUGUGUGCGUUGUUCGUGUGUGUGUCUGUGUGUGUGUGUGUGUGUGUGUGCGUGUGUGCGCGUGUGUGUGUGCGCAUGUUUUGAGACAAACACAUAAUCAGAAUUUAAGAUUUUUACGAGUGUGUGUUCCGGGCACUUGUUGUUCUUUUACCUCUUGCCCGUUGAGCCUUAAUAACUGAAGUCAAUCUGUAAGGGCAAAACCAGAACCACUGACAGAGGACUUUUGGCCAAAGAUAAACUGUGUGUCUCUAUUCAUGAAGACUCUGUUCAUAAGUACCUGAUCUUAGAAAGGACGUUCCCUUCCUUAGCUUGCUUUUUUGUGUUUUGAAACCAAGAAAGAGUGCUACAUGUGGGACCUAUGAAAUUCACAUUUUUAAUUUGGAGACAAAUUGCCUUGUAAACAGACUGUUGCUGGGAAGCCUGUCAAGGUUUGCAGGCUUCUACUCACUAUUUUACAUUGUGUACAACAGUUAGGCAGGAAAUCUGCUGGAUUACUUUGGCACAACAUGAAGAGGGUGCUCCAGAGCAAGCAGAUUUAAAUCUUUUUGAAUGUUUGAUGAUAGCAGAGGAGAAAAAUAAAGUUAAGGGAUAAUUAAGGAUUCACAUUUAGCUGACAAUUGAAAAUGUGGUCUUAUUAUUCAGAAAUUGUCACAGUGACAGCCUCUUUUGUGUACACCAAGAGUAUAUUAUACUUUUGAACAAAACUAUAAUUUUCUGGCUUUGCAACAGCAGAAAGCACCGUGAACACUCAACAAUGUAAACACCCUUUGCACUGGUUUCAUGACCUUACAACACAUUGAAAGUCACAGUGGCCGGGCUGUCUGUCAGUGGUUCUGUGAGAAACCAGGCACUGUGUCGGGCUGUCAGGGUCUGUAGUGCCUGCGAUUUAAACCACGGGGAAACUAAGCGCUCUGCUCACUAGCAUUUCUAUCAGGGUGGGGGGUCAAUUCUCUUUCAACUGAGUUUGUAUUGCAUUUUGACAGAACUUAAUUUAAUGCCUCAAAAUACAAUCCCACUAUAAAUAGCAGAUCAUUUGUUUUUUUAUGCCUUUUUUCCUAAAGUUUCCCUGACAUAACUCCCCUAAUAUCUAGCUUGUCGGGAGUCCUCUUCAUAUCCAAUCAGCACAUUUUUCAAAGUGUUUAUUCUUUAACAGAUUCAGACAGUUGGAACAGAAUUGAACCCCUAACCCUUCCCUCUAACCCACGGUGUCCAUGUCUUAAGUGGGCUGUUUUCCAGCUCCUAUUCUGGGCUGAACUUGAUUAUGCAACAUAACGCAGACCUCGCUCCAAGCACUCUUCUGAACUCAGUAGUAGAGCAUGGGGUAAUCCCUAUGUUCCCAGGGUCCUCACUGUAAGAAGUUGGUAAGGGCUAUCUCCACAACUCAAAUUGCAAAAGAAUAAAGGAAGAUGUUUGAAAUGCAGUUUGAAUGGUAAAAAUCUAUUCAGCCGCUGUGGAGAUAUCAAUGUCCAAAGUCAAGAAAACGGUCUAUCUGCAAAUUUAAGGGCGUAGGUUUCAAGGAGUAUAACGUCAGUAGGCUAUAAGCUGUAAGCAAUUUACCAUAACUGACCCAGGGAAACAUACAUCAAACAUUUGACCUACGGAAAUAAGCAUUUCUGAGAACAUAGAACCCUGGGAACAUACUGUAGAUAUGCCCCUGUACAGGACAAGCUGGUUGUUGUACUGCUGAUAUGCAGCUCACAUGGGUUGUAACAAGAACCUUAAAAAGAAGGUCCGGAUGCGUAGAAGCCUGUGCCGUUGAUCACUGAACAAAGCCGCCUCUGAAUUCACUUUUAGAAUAUACGGAAAGAGUUGUGACUGUGGACUGAUAAACACAGACAGGAACUCAAACUUGUGUAGCCAUGUCUUAAUCAAGGGGCUGAGUGUGAACGUGAUCAAUGGAACAUGCUGUUCACAAUCCCAAUGUGUCCCUUUACAAACAAAAAGGCAAAAACACAUUUGACGUUGUUCUUGUCAGCCAUUCGGAUUUACUGUUGUUGUUGUUGUCAUUUCAAAAGCUAGUAAGCGAGAGCAAAAGGUUAUUCACCUGAUCUUUCACAGUAUGAUAACUGAGAUGGACGUGCAGGCUUCCUGUGAGCUGAGUGCAUGCCAUAAACAGGGACAAUUGUUGUUUGGUCUGUACACUGCAAAAAAAAAAAGAAUUGUCUUGCAAAGUCACUGAAUGUGGUUUUGAUUUUGAAAAGAAAAAUGAAAAGAAAAGUAAUUUCACUUUUUUUUCUCCAUUAUUAAGAAUCUAAACUAAAUUCAGUCACUUGUUUGGAGGGGUAUUGUCCUUUUUUGCAGUGCAGAGCAAUACAAAGUUCCAAUUUCUGUUAGCAUCCCCCUCUGCUUCAACUGAAAAAGUCCAACAUAGUUACUAAGCACAUCUUUCUAGAAGAGUAUAUGCAUUUGAUUGCAAAUUUCUUUCUUUUGUAAACUGUUGAUAAAGACAUUAAGGACAAUGACAAAUAAUAAAGAUAAAUCCAUGUACAUAAAUGUAUAUAAUCAAAAAGUGCAGAGUAAAUGUAACGGGUGAAUAUCUAUUUUUAACACUGACUAGAUAAUGUGAAAAAAUAUUUUUCUUUCUUCUUCUUCUGUUGGUUUGAUGACGUGUUGUUUCUUUUCAAAUCUAAUAAGACAUUUGUUUCAUAGUUCCUUUAAAAAAAAAAAAAGAAUUGGUCCCACUUGUGUUGUGCACACUUGUUGCAUGGAGAGUAGCCUUCUUGUUUUCUUAUAGUGACGUUGGUAAGCAUGUCAGUGUGUGUGAGACUGUGGGGUUCCCUUAACAUUGAUCACCUGAGGAAAACAAAAAACCCCACAUUGACAAUUAUUAAUUAAGGAUCCAUUUAUUAUUAUAACACAGCUUGAUAUUUCUGCACUGGACCUCAUAUAAAAUAUCACUAAAAACAGUCAGUGAAGUGUGAGAUUUAGUUGGUUUGGGUCUCAAGCUUCAGAAAAAGUUCAGGUCAGACGGGGCUAAAAAAUAUCAAUGUUUUUGGUUAUUUUGGAUUAGAUUGUCGUUUACACUCUCCAGACUCAUAGCAGCUCAAUUAUGUUGACAAGUAACACAAGUAGUAACAUAUCCAACCUGGUAUACAACUUGUUCUAUUACAAGACAAGUCAAAAUAUGCUAAUGAAUUUUCUCCCAUUUGACAUUCAGACAUUGAAGGAAGCAAGUUUUGAUACAAAAUGUUCAAAAUGUUUGUAUUUCAUUAGAUGGAUCCCUCACUCCUUUAUUUCUAGGAACAUUUUCCCCACUUAGCACAUGUAUGUCAUUAUGUACAUGAAAAUAUUAAUGGCUCAUCGCUUUACAAGCACACUGAUCAGCUGUGGUGACCAUUAUAGCAGGAACAUUGAUAUUUUAUAUACAGAGACAAACACACACUGAAACCUCCACUGUCACACUGAGGAUAGUCAGUUAUUACACCUCAGAGCCUGUUGACGAUGACCCAGACAAAGUCUUUUCGCUGAUGUUGGAGUUGUUGCAGGGAGACUGAUGCAUGUGUUUGUGUUUUUCCUGCUUCCUGUUGUUUCUUUUGCAGUUUGUGCAAACUUGUUUUCCUUCGGUAUUGUUCUAAAUAUUCUGUUCAUGUAUAAAGCAGGAAUGUUCAUCUGUGAACAGGCAGUGAAACAUUUAAAGAAUUGUAUCCCCAUUGCGACAUAGACGGGAUAGAGUUCACGUCUGAAGGUGACGUCAAUGACUGUGUCCGUCUGUGUGCGAGUGCCUCGACUCACUUCCUCUGCAAAUCAGACAUUUUAAGUAUUUUCUAUUGAAUGCAGUAACUUAUGGGCCAGUACUAUAUUUACUCAGUGCAAUGCAGUUAUCCUUAUAAUAAUACAAUUAUUAAUAAUAUUUUUUUCUUUCUUUUUUUGUAUUUGUACAGAACAAAUGUGUAAAGAUCAGUGAGGAAAACGUGAGCUUUUUGAUACUGUGACUCAUAGUGUUUAAAAGUCAGUUUCUCCCUGUACAGUUGUGAUUAUUUCCCCUUCCCCACUUCUUCUUUUAUAGAAUAAAACAUGUUUUUGGUGCAAUUUAA